UUUGCCCUCCUGUGGUCCCUGAGGCUGUGCCAGCCCACAAGUAUCCUCCACAGGGAGUGGCUACUUGACUAGGGCAUGAGUGGGGAGGGCCAGGUGUGAGGGCCCAGGCAGGAUGCCUCUCUGCCUCCACCUUACUCUCCUCUACAAAACCUCAGGAACCUGAAGCCUGCCCCUCAAGUCACAGAUUCCUUAUGUGACCUCACUGGGUAGUGAUGACCUCACAAACCCCACAGUUUCCAUGGCAGGAUAACCACGCAAACGUGGUGCUCUUGGGGAGACUUCUCGACUAGUUCUCUACCAGAUACUGAUCUGUUAGGUUGCCUGAGAGAGAAUGUCUGACUGGAUCUUCUAUAUUAACUCAAACUUGUCCUCUGUCCCCUGGGAGGGCAACGGAGCAGCAGCAGUGGCUCCCACUACUCCUCCUACACCUUGUCUAUACCAUGUCCUCUACCGAGGGUGUGGAGAAACCCAGAUGGGCUGGCAUGGAGAGACAUACUGCCUGGUUGGUGGCUGCCGGGCCUAUGGGGAUGCUCCUGUGGCCACCCCAGCAAAGGUGGAAGCAGAGAAGCCAGUUCCCAGGCGGGGGCUCAAGAGACCUCGAGCUGUGGCAGAGCCAGACGAAGACCUAGGCUGCCCCAAACCCAAAAUUCGGCGAUUGCAGCACGGUGGCAGGAGGCAGACCCUGUGGAAGCUCGCUGGCUGAGCCAUUCUGUAGAGAGGGCAAACAUUUAACAGCCUGAGACAUCUAAUGCUUC